GGCUUUGUUCUUUUUCACAUUGGCUACUUAAAGUCAGUCUAUUCCUUCACUUUCAAUAACUACCUGUGCCUCUGAGGGAUUUGCGCUUUGUAUUAAAACAUCUCGGGGAAGGAAACUGGAGAUAAUGGAGGCUCAGGCUUCAGGUAACCAGAUUCACAACGACAACCCAAGAAAUGGGCCGCAGCUCUUCCAAAAUAGGGCUAAAAAUGUCCGGAGAAAGCGGCUGCAGCAUUCUGCUGAUAUAGUGUACACCAAAGGGACCUCUAUCCACACCAUGCCCUCUCUCAGCAAACAGUUGAAAGGGGUCACUGACUGUGUCAUUGGUCUUCAGUAUGUGUGGGAGUACCGGAGCCCCAGUAAAUCUGUCCCACCACACUACCAAUGCAAACUGUGUGCUGUGUCCCGCUUGCAACAUGAUAUGCUUGCUCACGUGAGAGGCUGGAAGCACAGUUUCAGAUAUUUGAAAAAGGCUCACCCAGACAAGGUCACCAGUGAUGAGGUAGAGGCCAACAAAGACCCUGCUGUAAGGAAGACAAUUAAAGAAAUUGCAGCUGAGGUGGAGAAGACAGAGGGGAGGGGACAACUCAAGGUCAUCCUGAAGGAGCCCUGUGAUGUGCCUGCUUUUGAAGGACUCCGUUCUGCUGCUCCCAAGAUUGUGCCACUACCACCACCACCAGGGAUGGGACCACAUGGACCACCCUUUGGUCCCAGGUUCUCUGACCACAGGUUUCCAGGGGACUUUCCUCCUCCUCCUUUCUCUGACUACCCACUGGGUGAGCAUGGGGAGCCUGACUUUGGAGGCUAUUCAACCAGGGAAAUUUUCCCUGAACCUAAUAUGGGUCGCAGAUCCCUUCAAGAUGGUAUGGGUCGUCAUCCAGCUGUGGGUGGAGAUAGUUUUGGAUCAGGUGGUGGAAUGGAUAGCUACGGAAGGACUGAACUAAUGGAGAGCCCACGCAGAAGGUAUUCCGACGAGUAUCGGGGCAGCCAAAUGGGGAGUGGCUUAUUGGACAGACCAGUGAAUAAGCCACUUGACAGGCCAGGCUUGAUGGGAGCAUCAGACAAUGACGGCAAUCGUAACACACUGCUCACUUACCUGGAUACCUUCCGGAUAGAGAACGAGAGUGAUGCACAGCUGGUGCUUAAAGUGACACAGAAACUAACAGACGUGCUGAUGGAGUACAGACUGAGGAGUGUAUCAUCGGGUUCUACUCUGAACAGCUUGUCAAUGAGCUCGGGUUUCUCCUCUACACCCUCCAGAUUGCCAAGUAGCAGUGACGGAUACUUAAGUAGUCCCUUAAAUAGUCUGUCAGGUCCAUCCAGGUACUCUGAUGGACCGUCCAGGUACUACAAAUGAAGAUAGGUUGAUGUGACACCUCGAUCUUCUCACCUCUGUCCUAUCUGUCCAGGAGUCAAAAACCUAUUUGAUAUUGUGUACAUUUAUAUGCUUUUAGGCAUAGUUUUUGUUGCUACCUAGUAGUUUUUUGGGUUUUUUAUGUUUUUGAUUUCUCUAGAAUAUGAGAAUUUGUUA